AUGGAAAACCAAGGUACUUCAGGUCCCAGAGUGAGCGAUAAACGAUUGGCUCAGACACAAGCUAAGGUAGAUGAAGUCGUUGGUAUUAUGCGUGUUAAUGUCGAGAAAGUGUUGGAAAGAGACCAAAAGUUGUCUGAACUCGAUAAUCGUGCGGAUGCCCUGCAACAUGGAGCGGCGCAGUUUGAACAACAGGCUGGUAAGCUGAAGAGAAAAUAUUGGUGGCAAAAUCUGAAAAUGAUGUUGAUAAUUGGUGCUGUAGGGGCUGUACUUCUAAUUAUUAUUAUUGUCUGGGCUACAUCUGGUUCUGGCUCUAGUGCAGCUCCCCCUGUUACUCCAGCUCCAGAGACCCCUUCAGGGCGAUAA